UCAUUCUCCUCAUAGUUUGGUCUUCCCACACAACCCUUGCCUGUUUAUGCUCAUUUUCUCCCCUUCCUCUUCGAUUCCACCCCCUGCCCUUGACGAGCCCUCACACCCGCCCCCCCUGAAUACCACUGUUCUCGGAUAUGGAGCAGCACAGAAGGAGAAGGGGGCGCUGACCAAAGGCUAGUUGGGGCCAGCCUCCAACAUGGCUAAUGGCAGCGAGUUGGAGGAGCUGUCUGGCUCUCUAACCCAGUCGACAGCAAUCUCUACCCACCUCAAGCUGGUGCUCCUGGGUUUCAUCAUAUGUGCCAGCUUAGCGGGCAACUUACUGGUUUCCCUGCUCGUGUUGAAAGACCGCUCCUUGCACAAGGCUCCGUACUACUUUCUGUUGGAUCUCUGCCUUGCCGAUGCCGUCCGAUCAUCUGCCUGUUUCCCAUUUGUCCUGCUUUCCAUCCGCAAUGGCUCAGCCUGGGCUUACAGCCUCUUAAGCUGUAAAGUUGUGGCAUUCAUGGCUGUCCUGUUUUGCUUUCACGCCUCAUUUAUGCUCUUCUGUAUCAGUGUUACCCGCUACAUGGCCAUUGCCCACCAUCGAUUCUAUUCCAAGAGAAUGACGCUGUGGACGUGCAUUGCGGUGAUCUGCAUGGUCUGGACACUCUCGGUUGCCAUGGCCUUCCCGCCGGUAUUCGAUGUGGGGACUUACAAAUUCAUCCGGGAGGAGGACCAAUGUAUUUUCGAACAUCGCUACUUCAAAGCCAACGAUACCCUUGGAUUUAUGCUCAUGCUGGCGGUGCUUAUCGUCGCCACUCAUAUCGUCUAUGCCAAACUACUGCUCUUCGAGUACCGCCACCGCAAAAUGAAGCCUGUGCAGAUGGUUCCGGCCAUCAGCCAGAACUGGACAUUCCAUGGACCUGGAGCUACAGGGCAGGCUGCUGCCAACUGGAUUGCUGGAUUUGGAAGGGGGCCAAUGCCACCCACUUUGCUGGGUAUCCGUCAAAACACCCAUACCGCCAACAGGCGCCUCUUGGGGAUGGAUGAGUUUAAAAGUGAGAAGAGGUUGGGGCGGAUGUUUUACGGGAUUACCCUCAGCUUCUUGGUGCUCUGGUCACCCUAUAUUGUGGCCUGUUACUGGAGGGUGUUUGUCAAAACCUGUAGCAUCCCUCAUCGCUAUUUGUCCACUGCAGUGUGGAUGACUUUUACUCAGGCCGGGGUAAACCCUAUCAUGUGUUUCCUACUUAAUAAAGACUUGAAGAGCUGCCUUCAGCUCCACAUCCCCUUUUGGAGGACGAAAGCCUUGCUACCUAGGGAGCCUUACUGCGUAAUGUAAGAGGGAAAACCAUUCCACUCCCAGAGUCACACUAACCUCAGUGAUUGGGAAAUAAUGGAUUUUACGUGACCCAGUGGGCACGAUCGAGAAGAAUUUCAUAAUUUGGACCAUCAUAAGACAUAAACAAACAAAAAAAAACAUCAAGUUGAAAGACUAUAGCUUUUUUUCUUUUGAAAAAAGUUUCUUUUCUAAAGAUACAAUUGGUGAAAGGAG